AUGGCGAAAGACGACAUCGACGCCGACGGGACUGGCGUCGUCGCCGUCAAGCCCGUCAAGACCGCUCCCUCGACCCCACCUCGGGCAUCUCCCUCGAAGCAGUGGAGCCUGCUUCCCUCGCUCGCCGUGAUCCUGCCCUUGCUCGCCCUCUUCACCUACAUAUCCGUACACCUGCAUUAUGCCCUGCCCGAACCGCAGCAUGCGCUCUUCUCGCCGGACGGCUCCCCCGUGUUCAGCGAGUCCAAGGCGAUGAGGUAUAUACACGACCUGGCGGCGUAUGGCGAUGGGACUCCGAGGUACAGGAUCGUCGGGACGAAGGAGAUGGUCGAGACGGACAAUUACCUGCUCGACAAGAUUGCCGAGAUCCGCGAGGAGGUCGUCCAGAGGCACCCGAACGGCGGAAUGCAGGUCGAGGUCUGGCACCAGAUUGGUGACGGAACUCACCUCUUCGACUUCAUGGACAAGAAGGUGUGGAAGAAGUAUUUCGGCAUCUCCAACGUGAUUGUCCGCCUUUCCGACGGCACUCCAGCUUCGAAGGCCAACGCCGUCCUCGUCAAUGCGCACUCCGACUCGACUUUGCCUAGUCCCGGCGCGGCAGACGACCUUGUCGGUGUUGCUGUCAUGCUCGAGGCUUUGCGAGUGAUGGCUCUGGGCGACAGGAAACUGACGAACGCUGCCAUUUUCCUCUUCAACGGCGCCGAGGAGAGUCUGCAGGACGCCUCGCACCUCUUCAUCACUCAGCACCCCCUCAGAACGUCGGUCCGCGCUGUCAUCAACCUUGAAGCGUGCGGUACCGACGGCAAGGAGAUUGUCUUCCAGGCGACCUCGCCCGAGAUGAUCCAGGCGCUGGCAAGGACGCCCAGUCCGUACGCGACUAUCAUCGCGAGCGAGAUCUUCCAGACCGGUCUCAUUCUCUCCGACACCGACUUCCGGCAGUUCGUCCAGUACGGCAACCUCACCGGGCUCGACAUGGCACUCGUGCAGAACAGCUACCGCUACCACACCAUGCUCGACACGGCCGACGCAAUCGAGCCUGGCUCGGUCCAGCACAUGGGCGACAACGUCCUCGCCCUGCUCGAAUACCUCACUUCGCCCGAGACGACGAUGGGCAACUCGGCCCAGCCGACGCCCGUCCUUCCUCGCGCGCCGACUUCGCACACAAUCUUCUUCUCGGCUCUCGGAGGAAAGGUCUUCGUCGUUUACUCGCGUGCUACGGCUACGAUCCUGUACGGCAUCCUCGCUGCGCUGGUCGCCGUUGUCGUCACGGACCGCGUCGAUUGGGCGAAGGAGAAGAAGGUGUACAUCCUCAGCGUUGUCGGCGUGCUUGGCGGCCUCAUCUCGUCCAUUGUCGGCGCGAACUUAGUUGCGGCAGCUCUUAGCCUCGGCAUGGGCAAGUCGAUGACCUGGUUCCGCAACGAGAACUACCCGCUCCUCGUCUUUGGCCCUCCCUCUCUCCUCGCCGUCGUUCUCUACCAGUACUUCUUCGUCUCGAAUCGCAUUCGCCAGCCUAUCGCCACGGUCGCGCAGGACGCUGCCGACUCGGCUCUCAUCGAGCACGCCUCACUCGUCAGCCAGGUCGUCUACAACACGGCUGUCACCCUCAUCGGUCACGCGCUCGGUGUCGGAUCGAGCUACCUCAUCGCUCUCGGCGCGGCGUCGAGCUUGCUUGCCCUCGUCAUCAAUGAUUACGUCCUCCGCCGUCACUCCACGGGUCUUCAUCUCGCGACCUACGUUAUCGGCCAGUCCCUCCCGCUCCUGAUCGGCGUCGAAGGCAUCAUUGGCUUCCUUGACCUCUUCGUCCCGCUCACCGGCCGUCUCGGCGCCGACGCCCCCGUUGACUUCAUCAUCGCAACGCUUGUCGGUGCAGUCGGCUAUGCGGCCUUCCUCCCCUUCUGCCACCGAUGGGGCGCGUCCUUCACUGCCCGUCUCGCCGUCUUCUUCACCUUCGCUACCGCCUUCUCGCUCGGCUGGUUCUCCCGCCCUUCCUGGUCCGCCUACGAUGCUCAGCACCCGAAGCGGUUGCUCAUCCUUCACAUGGAGAACACGACGACCUCGCCGCCCGAGUUCCACCUUCACGUCGCCAGCGUCGAUGGCAACCCGUUCUUCCAGCUUGUCAGCAAGGCUACCGAGGGCUUGACAGCGCCUAACUCGGUUCCCGAAGCGACUAUUGCAGAUGACUUGAGCGUCGACUGGGAUAUCAUCUACCCCGUCUCGCAAUUCCUCACGACGUACAAGGUUCCGCUCCCUCCCGUCGAAUCGACAUACACUUCGCCUUAUCUUGACACAUUCAAGGUCUCCGUAACCCGCAAUUCCCUCAACGCGAUCAAGCAGACGAGGAGCAUUGACGUCGUCCUCGACCACCCCGCCAUCAUCUGGCCGGUCCUUAGCUUCGACGGCGACGUGAUUGCUUGGGACUUGCCCGAGCCGCCUCAGCGCGGCGUGAUCCGGCAUCACGUCAAAUCCGUCGCCUCGUACGGCGUCAACCGCUUCACCCUCUCGCUCACUCUCCAGCUCACGCCCGAGCAGUUCGCCGCCGCCAUCCGCGAAGACCAGCGCGCCAAGGGCCAGCGUGCGGACGCCUCGGCCGAGGACAAGUCGCUCGCUUCCCUCCGCAUCGACUACUCCGGUCUCGACAUCCACGGCAUGUACCCUGCGAGCGUGCAGAGUGAUGACGUGCACGAGGAUGCGCAGCGGCAGGUCGCGAGGCAGACGAGGCUGGGCAUGCGCUUCUUCGAGGAGUUCUCCAAGCGGCUCGAGAAGGAACCGGUGGACGCUAUGCUCCUCAGCGCGAUCGCGGGCGUCGCGUACGUCUGA